CACACCACACCACGCUUGUUUAUGUUGUAAAAGCAUGUACUGCGAUUGUGUUGAAUUCGCUAAAUUACCUUUAAAAAGAGUUUUUAUAAAAAAUUGAAAUCAUGUCGUGUUCAGAUGAAGACAUGGAUGAUGAGCGGACUGCAAUCCGUAAAGAGUUGUCACACAUGACUAUGGAGGAAUUGCUCAAUCUGAAAGAGCGAUUGGGCUCCAAAAAGUACGAUGAAGCCAUGUUUGGAGCCUCAGGUUCAAGGAGCAGGAAUAUUGACCCGAAUAGAAGUUUCAAAAGGGCAAAUAAAAACAGACCGAGGGAAAUGUCGUCAAAAAUUAAAGUGGCGCCGAUUUUUGACAGCACAGAACUUCCUAAAAAGCCCAAGUUCCAGCCCAGGGAUCCAAGAUUUGACUCUCUUUGUGGACAAUUUGAUGAGAAGGUGUUUAAGAAAGCUUACGGAUUUGUGAAUCAUAUUAAGGAGAAUGAGAAACUGCAAUUGAAGGAAGAGUUGAAACACGAAACCAACCAGAAGAGAAAGGAAGAAAUCAAAUAUUUGAUCCAGAGAUUGGAAAACCAAGAGCGGGAAUUGAAGAUUCAAAAGGCUAAGGAAGAAAAGGAAAAGCAAGAAAAGAAAGAGCGAUUGGAAAUGGCAAAGAGAGGAGAGAAACCGGUUUACCUCAGCAAAUCUGAGCGGAAAACUAAAGAACUUGUCGAGAGGUUUGAAGAGCUCAAGAAGUCAGGAAAGAUCAGCAAACAUAUUGAGAAGCAAAGGAAGAAGAGAGUCCAUCAAGACAGAAAGAAAUUCAAAAUGUUGAAAAAUAAAGAAUAGUGCUAACUCUGUUAACAAAAAUUC